AACCAUGAUCUCAUAUAUACACAUUGAGACCUUGAAACUAUUCCCACAAAAGUUCACAAGCUAGCUAGCUAGCUUGAUCCGUUUGCAACGUAAUUAAGACUGUUUGGUCCACCAUGCCUUCAAGGGUAGUACUCUCGGACACCUUUAGAAGCCACCCCUUUCACUUUCAACCCAACCACUUAGACUUCAAUUCCGUUAAAGAGCUGCCCGAUUCUCAUGCAUGGACUCCAUUGGACGAUCAUCAGUUUCCUUGCUGCGAUUCCGAUCACCGGAAUGGCGAUGAACUGGUGCCGGUUAUCGAUCUCCAUGACCCGAAUGCCCGGGAAGCCGUGGGCUAUGCAUGCAGGAAAUGGGGUGUUUUUCAAGUCACCAACCAUGGCAUUGACGCCGGGCUCCUCCAGGGUGUUGAGUCCGCCGGAAAAAGCCUCUUCUCGCUGCCUAUGCAACAAAAGCUCAAAGCGGCCCGGUCGCCUGACGGGGUCGCCGGCUACGGUGUAGCCCGGAUUUCUUCCUUCUUCCCCAAACUGAUGUGGUCCGAAGGCUUCACCAUUGUUGGAUCUCCACGAGAACAUGCUCGCCAACUUUGGCCCCAAGAUUUCAUCCAAUUCUGUGAUGUCAUUGAAGAAUACAAGAAAGCCAUGCAGCAGCUUGCGGCCAAGCUAAUGUGGCUAAUGCUUGGAUCCUUGGACAUUACCGAAGAGGACGUCAAAUGGGCCGGUCCAGAAUCAGACUUCAAAGGGGCCAGUGGAGCCAUCCAGCUCAACUCCUACCCGGCUUGCCCUGAUCCGGAUCGGGCCAUGGGUCUCGCAGCUCACACCGACUCCACCCUCCUCACCAUCCUCUCGCAGAACAACACCAGCGGGUUACAGGCCCAUCGGGACGGAUUCGGGUGGGUCACGGUUCCGCCCAUACCCGGGGCGCUCGUAAUUAACGUAGGUGACCUUCUUCACAUACUAUCAAACGGGUUGUACCCGAGCGUGCUCCACCGGGCAGUGGUGAACCGAACCCGGCACCGAUUCUCCGUCGCCUACCUUUACGGGCCGCCGACCAACGUCGAGAUCUCGCCGUUGCCCAAGCUCGUGGACUCUGCCCACCCUCCUCUCUACCGGCCGGUCACCUGGACCGACUACCUAGGCACCAAGGCCAAGCAUUUCAACAAGGCGCUGUCCUCCGUCCGUACAUGCGUGCCGCCGCCGUGGAUCGGCCGGUGCAAACCGUGAUCAUAGCCGUGCCGUGGACUUUCGCUGGCGGCGGCAACUGUUAAUCUGUAUAUUUUCACUCUUAUAUAUAUAUAUAUAUGUACUUAUUCUAUUA